AGAGGCGGCCCGGGCAUGAAGGGCGGGAGCAAGGUGGUCGUGGUGCCCCACAAGCACGACGGCGUCUUCAUCGCCAAGGCCAAGGAGGACGCGCUCUGCACCAAGAACAUGGUCCCCGGGGAGUCCGUCUACGGCGAGAAGCGCGUCUCCGUCCAGAACGACGAUGGGACCAAGGUUGAGUACAGGGUGUGGAACCCCUUCAGGUCCAAGCUGGCUGCCGCCGUGCUCGGCGGUGUUGACAACAUCUGGAUCGCUCCUGGUACCCGUGUGCUGUAUCUUGGUGCUGCCUCAGGAACAACAGUGUCUCAUGUGUCUGAUAUUGUUGGACCGACUGGGUUGGUCUAUGCUGUGGAGUUCUCGCACCGGAGCGGCAGGGACCUUGUCAACAUGGCCAAGAAGAGGACCAAUGUCAUCCCCAUCAUUGAGGAUGCCAGGCACCCUGCUAAGUACCGGAUGUUGGUUGGCAUGGUUGAUGUUAUCUUCUCAGAUGUUGCACAGCCUGAUCAGGCUAGGAUCUUAGCCCUUAAUGCUUCUUACUUUUUGAAGAAUGGUGGUCACUUUGUCAUUUCAAUCAAGGCAAACUGUAUCGACUCCACCAUGCCUGCUGAGGCCGUGUUUGCCAAUGAAGUGGAAAAGCUGAAGGCAGAUCAGUUCAAGCCCUCGGAGCAGGUGACCCUGGAGCCCUUUGAGCGUGACCACGCCUGUGUCGUUGGUGGUUACAGGAUGCCCAAGAAGCAAAAGCCAACUUAGGUAGAAAAAGGAAAAUAGUGUUCUAUACUUCUAUGCAUGCAUCCUGUCUAUCCGUAGUAAUGCCCUAGUGUAUGGAGAUUUGUUUUGAUCUGAAUUUGAGCAGGAAGUUGUUGAAUGAUGUUGCAGAUGUUGACUGCUAUUCUAUUAUCCAUGAAAUCAUUAGCCUCA